AUGGCUGAAAAGAGGCUUUAUGAUGCAGCAGUGAAAGGGGACGUAAAAUCUUUGCUCGAUUUACUCAAAGAAGAUCCAUUGAUUCUUGAUAGAGUUUCGUUUACAUGUUACAACAAGACUCCUUUACACAUAGCAACAAUAUGCCAACACACAGCCUUUGUCCAAGAAAUUGUCCAAAGGAAUCCUCUACUUGCAGCAGAACUAGAUUCCCAUCAAUCAUCAUCUCUUCACAUAGCAUCAGCUAAAGGCUAUGCUGAAAUUGCAAAAGCAAUAGUAUCUGCAGCACCUGAUAAUGAUGAUGGGGAUACAAUAUUACAUCUGGCUGUUAGGACUAAACAUUUUGAGACAGUCCAGUAUUUAAUGGAAACUACCGGCAUAGAUAUGAAUGCAAAAAAUGCAAAUGGCUACACAGCGUUGGACAUUUUGGAGCAAACUCCUACAGAUUUGAAGGAUACUAAUAAUUAUUUGUCCAUCAAGAAGUGUCUCAUGUCUAAAGCCUGCAACUCCAUCAAUUCUCAAACUCAGCCAAUCAAAUGUGUGAUGUCAAUUCUGCUUCUUGGGAACACUGUUAGGCUUGUCGACCGGUGGCUGCAGAAACGAGGAAUAACCGUGUGGCGGCCAAGAAGAUUCAGAGAUUAG